AUGGCAGCAAAUCGACUUGCUUCUGAGCUGUUCGUUAGCAGAUUAUCGUUUUACAUCACAACUAGAGAAUUGGAGAGGUUAUUUUCGCCUUUUGGUGUUGUUGAGGAAGUGAGGCUUGUGAAAGACCCAAGGACCCGACGGCCUAAGGGAUUUGGUUUUGUCAAAUAUGCUUCAGAACUUGAAGCUCAAAAUGCAUUGAAGGCUAUGAAUGGGAGGAUUGUGGAUGGGCGUUUGAUUUUCGUGGAGUUCGCAGAGACCUCGAAACCCAAAGACCCGGCUUCCUAG